AUGGAAGCUGUUGCUGUCAGCCAAUCUCUACCAGCUGUACACAACGUCAACGGCAUAGAGAUAAAGACCAGCAUCAUACACACCCCAAAGAAAUCAUGUUCCGAGUACAUCGAGCUCAGUGAGAAUGGAAUUGUUGGAAACGCUACAGCGGUCCACGAUGGGCCUGUGUAUAUCUGUCUCGCCGAGAACUACGACUAUUGGUGCACAGAGCUGGGACUUGAUCGAUCCGAGUGGGAUUGGUGUCAUUGGGGAGAGAAUAUCACUUUCAAAUGCACCGAUACAAAGCUGACCGAAUCAGACUUUCGGCUCGGCGAUGUAUGGAGAGUUGGCGAUAGUGUUCGUCUGCAGGUCUGUGGAUCCCGUAUCCCUUGCAUGAAGUUGUCCUGGAGAUGUGGACAGAAAGACUCUUGGCUCAAGACUUUAUCUGAUACUGGCCGAGUGGGCAUUUACCUGAGAGUUCUCACCUCAGGUCGUAUCCAUCCUGGGGAUGUGGCAGUUCAAGAGUCUUCAUCAGGGGACAAUAUGGAUGUAGCCACCAUUACACGACUGGCCUUCAGUUCGGACCUGAAGACGCGCGACACUCUCAACUUACUUGCCAACCACGAGGUUCUGCUCAGACUCAACAAACUACUAGUGCUUCGCAAACUUACCAGCAUGGAUGAUAAAGUCAACAUGGGUAGAAAUGCCUGGAAAGGAUGGCGAGACCUGAGAGUUGAGCGAAUCAUCGACGAAGGCAAUGGGGUCAAGUCAUUUUGUCUGUAUCCAACAGGGGAUGAAGAGCUGGCAUGGUAUCUACCCGGACAGUUUCUAACUGUACGACUCCCGACUGGCGACGUUCGAAGCUGGACCAUAUCGGACUGGCCUGGUCGUAAACAACCCGAGUACUACCGUCUCACUAUCAAGCAAGCGGCCAAAGCUUCAUCUUGGAUGUGCAACGAGUGCACAGUAGGAACUAUCCUUUCAGCACGCUCUCCAGCGGGUCGUUUCUUCUUGGAUUGGUCGCAGCCAGUCACUCCUCGCCAGAUAUAUGUAUCUGCUGGAAUUGGCGUCACACCGAUUCUUACCAUGAUAAAGGCUCACGCAAGCCAUCCCAACAUGGCCAAGGUGCCAGGCGUUUGGAUACAUGUGGCCAGGGAUGGGAGAAGUCUGCAUUUACAUGAUGAAUUCUUUCAAAUUAAGAGCAAACCAAUCAAGAGGUUUGUGUUUAUGACACAGCCUCGAGAUGUCGAUACUCUUGGGAAAGACUAUGAUUAUAUGGGUAGGCCGGACCUGGAGACGUUGACAAAGCUUCUAGGAGGGACAUACCAGAUCAAUCCAUUUGGUACAGCAGAUAUAGACUUGCCAGCCAUGUUCUCGGCGGUAUACAUCUGCGGGCCCCAAGGCUUUGAAAAUGACAUGAAGGAGAUUCUCAAAACCUUCAAGAUUCCACCGCCCUUCAUCCAUAGCGAGAGUUUCUCAGCAUCAGGCAAGGUCAUCGGCGAUCUGAAGAAGUCCAGAGUGCGCUUCACAAAGUCCAACAAGACUGCAGAAUGGGAUAGAACUAAGCCCAUGUCAUUGCUGGAACUCGCCGAGUCUGUUGGUAUGGCACCGGACUAUGGCUGUCGUGUUGGGGCCUGUGGGAGCUGUGCUGCAAAAGUCACCUGUGGUUCAGUUACAGGAGGAGUUCAGAUGGACGGGACCGUGUUGACGUGCUCGGCGACGCCUGCAUCAGAAGAAAUAGAUAUCGAGCUUUGA